CACCUUUGUCACUAAAGCAUGCCAUUACCAUUGCCAUUGCCAUUGCCAUUACUAUUACUAUUACCAUGUCUUUCUUUUCUACUCUCCGUCGAUCCUCCUUCCUCAUCCAACGUUUCCAAACUUCGUCUUCACAGUUUUCUUCCUCUCCACCAUCGUUACCGAAUACCAACCCACGGCCACCACAAUAUCGAAAGUGGGUUUCAGCCUUAGUUGUUGGCUCAGCUCUUGCUUUUGUGUGUUACUUCUCCAAAACCAAUUCCAGCUUCGACUCGGCUUUCUUAAACAAUAUCCUUAGAAAAUCAUCUCUUCCUGAGGGUUCCAAUAAUAACUUACUUUUUGGAGAUUCCUACAGAAGCAAGGUUUUCUUCAACUAUGAGAAGCGCAUACGAUUGCAUAGUCCACCUGAGAAGGUUUUUGAAUACUUUGCAUCAUAUCGUACACCGGAAGGGGAAGUUCUUAUGAAACCGGCAGAUUUAAUGCGAGCAGUUGUUCCUGUUUUCCCUCCAUCUGAAUCCAACCUUGUUAGAGAUGGAUCCUUGGAAGGCGAAAGAAGUCCUGGCCACUUGUUCUGUCCUCCUUCAGAAUUUUUUCUGCUUUUCGAUGUAAACGGUGACGGUCUUAUAUCUUUCAGAGAGUAUUUAUUCUUGGUAACCCUGCUUAGCAUCCCAGAAUCGAAUUUUUCUGCAGUAUUUAAGAUGUUUGACAUGGAUAAUGAUGGGGAGAUAGAUAAAGAAGAAUUCAAAAGAGUGGUGGCAUCAAUGCGAUCUCAUAGCAAGCAUGGUAUUCACAGAAUGUAUGAACAACAGACGGAUGCUUCUGUAGAAAAUGGUAGGAUGGUGGAAUACUUAUUUGGUAAAGACGGAAAAGGACGCCUCAAACAUGAUAAAUUUGUGAAGUUUAUAAGAGAUUUACAUGAUGAAAUUUUGAGGCUGGAGUUUGUUCAUUAUGACUUCAAAUUUCAAAAAACCAUAUUGGCCAAGGAUUUCGCACACUCCAUAGUUGCUUCUGCAGAUGUUAAUCAUCUGAGCAAGUUACUUGAAAGGGUUGAUGAAUUGAACAAUGAUCCACAGUUCAAUAGUGUACGCAUCACAUUUGAGGAGUUCAAAAACUUUGCAGAACUGCGGAAAAAAUUAGUUCCACUAUCAUUAGCUCUAUUCAGUUUUGCAAAAGUAAAUGGCCUUUUAACAAGAGAUGAUUUUCAGCGAGCUGCAUCAAGUGUUUGUGGUUUAUCUCUUUCUGACAACGUGGUUGAGAUUGUUUUCCAUUUGUUUGACACAAGUGGGGAUGGAAAUCUAAGUUCAAAUGAGUUUGUUAGAGUGCUACAGAGGCGUGAGAGAGAUGUUGGUCGAUCUGUGGAGACAGGAAUCAUGGGUUUCUUGUCAUGCUGUUGGAACUGUACAGACAAUUCCCCAGGUUCACAGUUGUUGUCCUGAGUGAACUUGCACAUACCCACUACUUCUAAUUACUACUAGUAUUGGUAGAACAUAUUAGGCUUUGAAGUGUGAAUCAGUAAUGUGUGCUUAAAAAUAAAUGACAAUGUAGAGAGUAUCCUUUCCAUUUCCAUUAGAAAUUGCCAUCUUCAUUUCUUUGCAUGGCUACAA